AGCCACCCAGGCACUCCCCAAGCUCAUGAUUUUUUCAUGCACUAAAAUCUGUAAUCCUGAUUCAAAGUCUCUAACUUUUUCAAUUUCUAAUCCUGAAUUUUUUGGUCAGUUGUUAACUUGCUAUCAUGAUAGUUUAGAAAGUCAACCCGGUAUUUAGGGCCAGGAAGGGGUAUACAGCGUGGUUUCUUUCUCUUUUACUAAGACCUUCUCAAUAUGGCGGUCAGAUCAUGUUUCCAGCCUCAGGAGCCACACAGAGAAUCAGUCCGUUGGGAAACUGCUGCUCUAGCAGAAAGGUUCUGGGCGGCUGACGUGGCAUCCCGGUUCACAGCGUCUGCCAGCUGUGACAACAGCAGGCUGUCAUGGUGGGAUAUAGCAGCAGCAGCAGCAGCAGCUCCUGAUUUAGGGCCAAGAGAUUCAACUCAGGGGGAAACACACUUCUUUCUCAGUAGUCCAAGUGUAUGUUCGAAGAGGAUGCUCCUUGGACAUGUCCCUGGGCACGUGCUAACUGCUGAAUUAAUCACUGUGGCAGGGAGCCGUGAGACUCUUACUGUCCAGAAAACUUCUCAGUGCCUCCAGUUCAAUAUCGGACGUUAAAUUCGCCUUCCGUCUGCUGCCACAACCAGAACCCAGCAGAGAAAAACAUGAAUGAGAAAACCCCAGACCAGACAAACCAGGAAGAGAAAAUACACAACUGACUAAAAACACGAGAGAAAUUCUGAGGGCCGGGGAUGGAAUUUUGGGCUCCCCAGUGGCCACCUCAGCCACGGGGGAGGCCCACGGCACCAGCAAAGGAUCCAGACCGAGGGCUUCGGAGAGAUGGAAUUCAUCGGCCUGUUCCUCACUCUUGGCACAAUGGAGAGAGGUACCACCAGUGGCAAGACACCCAUGGGAGCCCGCCGUCACAGCAGGACCCCAGGACAGACCACCAGCAGCCCCGUUAUGCGUCUAGGCCUGGGGAAAGGCAUCAGCCCGUGUCCGGGUUUGGCUAUUAUGAAGGUGGUUAUCCCAGCCAGUUGUAUUCAAGGCCAGGCAUGGAGGAUCCGUACUGGAGCUAUCAUUCUUCAACCCUAAGGGAAGAAUAUGCUUAUGGAAAUUAUUACUACCAUGGACACCCGCAGCAGCUACAGGAAGAAAGAGUGCCAAGGCGAGAGAGCCCUUAUAUCUGGCAGGAAGAUCACCGAGAUCAGAAGUACCUCAGUGAGCAGCAUCACGACAGCCAGAAUAAUCCAUCCAGGAGUCAGAAUGCUUAUAAAGACAGCACUGCUUCGAACACUGGACAGGAGAGGCCUGGGGACCUAGUUCCAGACACUCUGCUACCCGGAGCCCAGAAGAAUAAGCCGCCACUGGCCGCCGAGUCCAACCUUCUCCAGCAGCACGAGUCCGGUCUCAGCUCCAGCGCCUACGAGCUGAGCCAGUACAUAGGCGAUGCCUCCGAGAUGUACGGGCCCAGGGCGCCCGCAGCUUGGAGUCCAGUUCAGGCCGAGGAUGUCUCGGCUGCUGGUCCCAAGGAGCCCAUGAAGUUCUAUAUCCCUCAUGUGCCUGUGAGUUUUGGGCCAGGAGGCCAGCUGGUGUGUGUGGGUCCCAGCUCUCCCAGGGAUGGACAAACGGCUCUCGUGGAACUGCACAGCAUGGAGGUUAUUCUUAAUUACUCCGAGGAACAAGAAGAGCUGAGGACUUUCUCAGGACCCCUGAUCAGGGAAGACGUACACAAGGUGGACAUCAUGACAUUUUGCCAGCAGAAAGCAGCUCAGAGCCUAAAAUCUGAGACGCAGAGGAGCAGAGACUCAGCUCUACUGUGGCAAUUGUUGGUUCUCCUUUGUCGGCAGAACGGGUCCAUGGUGGGGUCCGACAUCGCGGACCUGCUGAUGCAAGACUGCAGGAAACUGGAGAAUUACAAGAGGCAGCCGCCUGUGGCCAACCUCAUCAACCUGACCGAUGAGGACAGGCCGGUGCUGAGCUCAGGGACCCCGAACCUGCUCACCGGGGAGAUUCCCCCCAGUGUGGAGACACCUGCACAGAUCGUAGAGAAAUUCACUAAACUGCUCUACUACGGAAGGAAGAAGGAAGCCUUGGAGUGGGCCAUGAAGAACCACCUGUGGGGCCACGCCUUGUUCCUCUCCAGCAAGAUGGACCCGAGGACCUACAGCUGGGUUAUGAGUGGCUUCACCAGCACGCUGGCCGCCAACGACCCGCUGCAGACCCUCUUCCAGUUCAUGUCGGGGAGGAUCCCACAAGCAGCCACGUGCUGUGCGGACAAGCAGUGGGGAGACUGGAGGCCUCACUUGGCUGUGAUUCUGUCAAAUCAGGCUGGGGACCCAGAGCUGCUUCAGCGAGCCAUUAUCACCAUGGGGGACACCCUGGCUGGGAAGGGGCUGGUGGAGGCCGCUCACUUGUGCUACCUCAUGGCUCACGUGCCCUUCGGCCACUACACCGUGAAGACAGACCGUCUGGCCUUGCUGGGCAGCAGCCACAGGUGUAUAAGCUCCUUUAUGCUUCCCGUCUGGCAGAUUACGGCCUUGCGUCCCAGGCCUUGCAUUACUGCGAAGCCAUUGGCACAGCCCUCCUUAGCCAGGAAGAGAGCAAUCACCCUGUGCUAUUAGUGGAACUCAUCAAGCUAGCAGAGAGACUGAAGCUGUCAGAUCCCUUGGUUGUUGAGAGACGCCGUGGAGACAGGGACCCAGAGCCAGCCUGGCUGGCUCCCCUUCGCUGGCGGCGCCAGGAGCUGGUGCGCACGGUAGCCGGAGACACUGGGG